GAGAGAAUGACCAGGACUUCAAGAUGUGCGGAAUAUGGCGUCACGGUGGCGGUGAACGGUGGCUCACUUCCCACCUGUCCCAGGGCUGCGGAGACCUGGACAUCAGUGCCAACGCCACCACCCUCUACAUCAAAGGAGCCAUCGCAGCCACCCAGCGUGAGUCCAUGAAGCCCAUCAACGUGACUGGUACACCGGGCACCACCGACAGCCCCUUCUGUGUGUACUGGGAGCCCCUGGUGGACAGGCUGCAGGUGGAGGUGGAUGGGAAGAACCACACCGUGCUCCAAGCGGCCGGGCUGCAGGGGAACUGCUGUACGGACCUCUCUGAAGGGCGCAGUCAGAGCUCCACACACAUGUACGGCAUCGUCAACGGCAGCAUGAGGACGGACAUUAUCAGCACGCAGACCAGAGUGGCUUACAAUUUUUAUGGAGCUACCAUCAACUGCAAACUGGAAUUUUGUGAAAAGGCCAUUGAAGAAGCCAGGAGAGUGAAUAUGAUUGAGGAGGCGAUGAUGAGUUCAGAUAUGCUGGGCUCUGUGAACACGGCAUGCUUUCAUGGGGCAGUGCUGGAGAUGGAUGACAAUUUCAAGGGACAUGAUCUUGCUCUUCCUUCAUCGCGAUCAGCGCCACUGCCAUCAGUGCACUUCCCGGCCGCCUUGAAACCUGUAGGAAAGCCGAAAGCCAGAGUGGUGUGCACCUUCUUCCAAAACAACACCAUAUUCAAUCAGAAAGGUACCUAUAAGAGUCAGGGUAAUCUGGUGGAGCAGAAGAACUUCAGGAUCCUGGACGAUGUCGUCGGGAUCACAGUUGAAAACGAGAUCGUCAGACAGCUCCCUGAGCCAAUUAAAAUCCGCUUCCACCAUGCUGUUUUACCAAAAAACCACUCAAGGACAUGUGUCUCCUGGGAUACAAGGAAAGAUCCUAAUGAGGUCACCUGGGAACGCGAGGGAUGCAAAACUGAGCUGCUCUACGAGGACACGACAGAGUGCCAUUGCAACCACCUCACCUACUUCUCCAUUCUAGUUCAAGUAGAACAGCGUGAGUCACAGUGUCACCUGGAGGCCUUGACGUACAUUACAGCACUAGGCUGUGCCAUAUCUGCCCUCAGCUGCAUGGUUCUCUUCUACUCACUCUGCAAAAAGAGCAAAAAGAAGUCCAAAGACCAGGCGGCACCAAUCCACCGUGGCCUUGUGAUCACACUCUUCUGCCUGAGCGUGCUCUUCUUCCUGACUGGCACGUUGGCUAACGCGGGGGGAGAGUCUGUGUGCCGGGUUGUGGGAGCACUGCUGCACUACGCGCUGCUCUCCUCGUUCUGCUGGAUGGGCGUGGAGAUCUUACACACCUUCUGGAUGGUCUACAUGAUCUUCAGCUCGCCGCCCAAACCGCCCGUCUGGUACAUACUCGGCUUUGGUGUUCCUGCGAUCCCAGUGGGCAUUCUAGUGGCGAGAGAUGACAUCUACGGUGUGAGAAUGAUUGCACCCAGUGAUGAUAUUGAAAAUCCCUACAUGAUGUGUUGGAUGAAGGACCACCCCAACGCGUGGUUGGCCCACUACAUGACCAACGUGGCCUUCUUGGUUCUGGUGGUGACCACGGGGCUGGUGAUGCUGUGUGUGGUGCUGGUCAAGAUCCAGAACCGUGACGAGUGGAUGAAGAGGAAGACGGCCUUCCUCAGCAUGUGGGGACUCAGCUGCCUCUUCGGCACCACCUGGAUACUCGGUCUGUUCGAGUUCGGAUCCCUCUCCUGCGCCAUGACCUUUGUCUUCUGCCUCAUCAACACGUUACAAGGUUUCUUCAUCAUGUUGCGGUACUAUGCUCUGGAUCGGAUGCGGAAGAGGAGGGAAUCCAUUCUAGAUGGAAGCAGCUCGAGCUCGACAAGGCAACACAUGCUACAGCAAAAGGACUAGGAAGUCAGGCAGCAUGCAGUAGAUAUUUAUAUGUAAUUGGGGGUUUACUCUGAAGGAAUUAUGGGAAUACAGAUGUCAGGCAGCUGUGCCUUGCAUCACAGCAUCCCUUCAGAUGAUCUGGAUGGUAAAAGAUGCUGUUACUUGCCAGAAACUUUACGUCAUCUGAACUUUGUUUGUACGUUAUGGAAAUUGGCAGAGUGAGAAAAUGUUGACAAACUGACAAACUGGCUUCUGAGUGGACCUCUGGUCGAAACUGUAAGAGAACUCUGUUGCUGGUUAUAGGUUGUCUGUGUGGGUUUCCCACUCACCAUAAGGUCAACAUAAUAGAUCUUUCAAAAUCUGAUGGCAUACAACAGAGAUGGGGGCAGCCGUGGCCCAAGAUGGGGGCAGCCGUGGCCUAAUGGUUAAGUAGAUGGACUUUAGAUUAAAGGGUUGCAGGUUCGAAUCCCACCCUUCCACUCCCUGCCAAAGUACAUUGCCUUGAGCAAGGCGCCAAACUCCACACUGCUACAGGGACCAUAACCAAUACCCUGUAAAUGACUUUAAGUCGCACAAUAAUUGGUCAGUCAUGAAGCUAUGUGUUUACACAGUUGUCAUUUCAAGUCACAGAUCACAGACGUUUGAGGGCAUUUGGUGUACGAUUGCUGUAUGUGUCAUUUUCUUAAUGGAGUAUAGUAUUCUACAGAUUGGAUACUAGUAGACUCACAGUUGUUUGGUGUAAAGUUUGGUUAUUGUUUAUGUUGUGUUUGUUAGUUCUCAUCUGUGAGCCUACUUUUGUCUCGCCCUGUACGAAUAAUGAAAUAGUAGUUAUUACAAAGGUCCUUACAAAAGCUGUAUGACAAAAAGUAUCCUGCUAGCCUGACACAGUAGACCAUAACAUGAAAUAGUCUGGGGUUGGGCAGGCCUAAAUAUGUUUUCUUGAUAGGGUUUGUCUAAUUUACGAGGCUAGUGUCCUGCCAUGCUGCCUACAACACUCUCGCUCUGCCAAUUAAUACACCUAGGCAUUUGAAAGACACCUUUUCACCGCACCUCUGGCAAGGUCCUUCCUAUGGGAAGUCUAACAUACCAAACCCAUAUCUUUAAAGCUUGGUGCGACAGCCAGGCUACUUGAUACUCUCAAGUACUGUUAAAUUCCUAGAAGCUGUAUCAGGGAUGUGCAUUUUACUGUGGCAGUCUACCUAUUCUAUCUCAUCCCCAGUGUUUAUUCAUUAGCAGUCAGAUAGAAAUUAUUAUUUAGCUUUUUUGUUAUUAUCCAGCUGGCUGGACAUGUGAAUAUAGAAACGUUAUAUACCUUCAUACAGGAUCAUGGGUUUUUGAUUUUAGCUUAAGAAGUUAGGCCAUCAUAAGCUCAUGUGGACUCCUGCUCUUUGACUUAUUGUUUAUAUUUAUGUUGAUGUCGUUGUUGCAAAGUAGCACUUUAGGCACCGUCAUGUUCAGUCAAGCUACAUCAGUAAGUAUUUGUGUUCGCAACUGAAUUGACCUGUUGAUAUUGAAAACAUAUCCAUUAAAACAAGCUCUUGUUAAUAUUACUGGCCAUGUAGACUAAACCAUACAUUUCGUAUUCCGUGAGGUUGAAGAUGGACAAUGAGGUGUUCAUUUGUUUUUUAAUUGUGUGUUUUUGGUCCAUUGCUUUUUGUAUUGAAAACUGUAACAUUGUGCCAGUUGAUUGCUGAACUGCUGUUUUCUGUCUGAAAUAAGCCCACGUUUCUUUGUAGAUGAACUACUGAAUGUUACAGUCACAGCCACUGUACACAAAAGCUUAGAUUUUUAUUGCACUUUUAUUUUACGACUUGUUGUACAUAGUACUGCGACAAAUUGCUUUCCUGUAUCUGUAUUUGUAUCACUUUUGUACUGCACUGUAAAAAGCUGAAAACUGACUUCGAGCUCUGUGCAGCUCAUUGUGUUAAAUAAAGAAG